CGUCGUGCUCGUGCUCACGGAGCUCCUGCCACCGCUGUCCGCUGCCUGGCGGGCACUGCAGCCAGGACGAAGCCAUGAGGCAGGUGCCGGCUGUGGCCCUGCUCCUGCUGCUGCUGCGGUUUGGGACUCAGGGGGCUGAGACAUUAAGCGUCUGCGGGCGCCAGAGGAUGAUGAACCGGAUGGUGGGCGGGCAGAACGCCAUGGAGGGCGAGUGGCCGUGGCAGGUCAGCAUUCAGCGAAACGGAAGCCACUCUUGUGGGGGCAGCCUCAUCACAGAUCGGUGGGUCCUCACCGCAGCGCACUGCUUCUCCAACACCUCUGAAACAUCCCUGUACCAGGUCCUGCUGGGGGCACGGCAACUGUUGAAGCCAGGGCCACACGCCAUGUACUCCCGGGUGAAGCGGGUCGAGAGCAACCCCCUGUACCAAGGCAUGGCCUCUAGUGCCGAUGUGGCCCUGGUGGAGCUGGAGGCACCUGUGACCUUCACCAAUUACAUCUUCCCCGUGUGUGUGCCUGACCCUUCGGUUGUCUUUGAGACAGGCAUGAACUGCUCAGUCACCGGCUGGGGCAGCCCUGGUGAACAAGACCACCUGCCCAACCCCCAGAUCCUGCAGAAACUCACCGUGCCCAUCAUUGACACGCUCAAGUGCAACCAGCUCUACAGCAAGGAUUCCGAGUCCGGCUUCCAGCCGAAAACCAUCAAGGACGACAUGCUGUGUGCUGGCUUUGCUGAGGGCAAGAAGGACGCCUGCAAGGGAGACUCAGGGGGCCCCCUGGUGUGCCCUGUGGGCCAGUUGUGGCUGCAGGCCGGGGUGAUCAGCUGGGGCGAGGGCUGUGCCCGCCGGAACCGCCCAGGUGUCUACAUUCGGGUCACCUCCCACUAUGACUGGAUCCAUCGGAUCAUCCCAGAACUGCAGUUCCAGCGGGCUAGCUCGGGUGGCCAGAAGCGCGACCCCCGGGGCCAGCAGCCCCUCGGCCAGAACUUUGCGCCCUGCCUGACAGCCCAUGCUGUUCUCCUGGUCCUCACGGCCCUGCUCACCGUCCUCUGAGCCAAGCGCGGGCCAUUGGGCCAGUGGCGCCCUGGGGCCCAAGGUGUACAUUUGUAAAUAGCUCUCCUACUCUCCCGUCUCUCAAAUGCCCACUUAUUUUUAUUUAUGUUCACUCUCCAAUAAAAACCCAAC